UAAUUGAAACGAAAAAUGUGAUAAAACUAAAUUAAGUCGUAGUAUGGUUAUUUUUAGCGUUAUUAAUAUUCAUGAUGUUGUGACCUUGACGACAAUUAUGCUAUUUUCCAUCCCAGCGUAAUUUUUAAUCUGAAAUUAGAUCACUAACACAAGGCCAAGGGCACUUGAAAAUGAAAAUUCAAAUGCCCCACAUGAACUAAACAGAGUGUCAAAUGUUUUUCCCGAGCACUCUCGAAAGCGUUCAUUAGUUUCUCUUUUUGCGGUGACUCACCGGUCAGCGGCGUAGAAAUUGGUCGCAAUUAUUAAUUCAAGUCUAAAUACUCUAAAAAACCUUGCUAGGUGUUUUUCGCGCCAAAAAAAUUGAGAAAUUGUUAGUUUUUCCAUAAUUUAUGGUGAUUGACGGGUCAAUGACAGCAGCCGCCUGCGAUAAACCCGCCGCAAUUCCCUUGCCCCUUGCGCACGUGACGCCGCUGGUUUCACCUGCGGAAGCACCAAUUGUGUCGAGUCCACCUUUUCAGCCGCUCGAACCUUGAAUAUGAAAUAGAAAAACCCGUUUCGGGGUGUUUUUCUCUCGAAAAAAUCCGGAAAAGUCGCGCCAGUGUCCCCACAUUUGACAUCUGUCAAAGUGCAUCGAAUCGUACGAAUGAAACGGCCCGCCAAAGUGGGAAUUUAACGAAAUGUCGCAAAGCAGCGCCGUUUACCAGCCCACCACCGUCACGUACGAGGCCAAUGGCCCCCAGGAGCGGUGGCAGGACCGCCCCAUCAGCUACCUGGCCUCCAUGAGCCAGGCUGCCAGGCGCCCCUGCGGCCUCACCUGCCUGCCCUCCCGGAACAUCCUCCCCGUGGUGCUCAUCACCUCAAGUGUGGCCUCGUUCUCGCUCGGUCUCGUUAUGCUCAUACACGGCGCCAUGGGGUACUCGGACACCCCCGAAGACAAGGAGGAUCUCUAUCUCAUAAUCACAAUCUUUGGAGCAAUAUUUUUCGCGCUAUCGAUACUUCUAUUUGUGUUUUUCAUGCGGCUCACGCGCCGGAUUUGUUGGAGGAACGCCAAAGACCACUUGAAUGCCUCGGGAGGACAAGCCCUUACAGUUAAUCCGUCUACCGAUUUUCUCGUUUCGGCUCAAUACGCCCCUGUGUCCGAAGUGGCCUACCAGCCGGCGCAGGAGGACACCGAGCAAAGUAAAUUAAUGCCGCAGGAAAAUAAAGAGAUUGAAGAUACGGACCGUAUGGUUGAGAGCGACCCCCGUAUUGUUUUACGUCCUUUAAACCCAUCCGCCCAUGAAGAGACUUAAGUCACGUCCACGAAAAUUUUACAUUUGUAUAGAAUGUAUUUUUAUCUCAUUUUUUAGUUUUAUACACACUAUCACCGCUUCUUUUCCACUUGAUUAACUGUGACGAGAAACGAAUGCUUCCGCUUAAAAUAAUUUAUUUUCGGUAAAACCCAACCAAGAAAAUCGUAUAAAUAUUCGCACUGUGUGUUAUCGUAGGAAAAAAAUUAAAAAAUUACGCUGGUUCGUAAUACUAGAUCUGAAAUAUUCCGUACUUAAAAGACAUGACGACUGCAUUUAUUUAGUUGUAACGUAAUUUAUUUAUAGGUUGUAUGAAAAAAACGGCUGUUUUUAUUAUAAACAAAUUUACAAACAUUCGUUGUACUUAAUACAAUUUUUCUUAUUAAAUAAAUUUCCGUAACAGAAUUA